CAGACAAAAUGGAGGAUCGCUUGAAAAUGAAGUUUUUGUUGACUUUAUCUUUUGUUCUUUUUUGCUUUGCUGGUCCAUGUCAUGCUGAUGUUAAUGGUGGUUCUACGUGUGCAGCUUGUGAUGUGGUGCUGGGUUUGGUGGAGCAGACAUCGGCUAUUCACAAUGAGUCCCUUGUAAAGGCUCUGGAGCGCAUCUGUAAUUACCUGCCAGAUGAUUUCCAGAAGUCAUGCAAAGUCUUCCUCGAAUACAUAGGACCCAUUCUUAUCACCAUAGUUGAGGAUCGGGACACUCCUGACGUGAUCUGUUCCAAGCUGGGCCUUUGUACAGCGGAAACUGGACCUCAGUGUACACUCUUUCCACUGAAACCUGGGACAAAGCUUCACCAUUACAGUCAAGAUCCUGUCCUUGUGCAGAAGACCAAGCAUUUGGAUAUGCCCAAAGUUGGUGUGAAGAUUUGUGAUUUUCCAGGAAUCAAAGAAAUAUGCAAUUGGAUUGAUGAUAUAUUUUCCAACCAUGAACCAGCAGUGGACCUGGAUGGAGAUAAACACAGUCCUUACGAGACUCUACGUGGCUACUCAUGGCGUGGCAAGGACUGUGAUGAUCGACUGACCGGUGUCCAUCCUGGGGCCAGGACCAUUAAUGAUGAUAUUAACAUGGACUCCAACUGUAACGGAGUAAAGGGUCUUGACCCCACAACCCAAAUGCCCUAUGAGAAGGUGUUGUGUGAGGGUUCAGAGCCCCGUGGUAUUGCCGUGCUGGGUGACUCGAUCAGCGCCCACUUCCACCUGCCACGGGAAUGGUUCAAUGCAACAGAGUUGUCAACGGCUGUGUUUGAAGGGCUCCCAUACAUCGGAGAAAAUGAGCUUGACUGGCCGGCAUUCUCGUAUGCUACAGGAUUCAUGAAUGCCACAGACACAUUGCGGAAAGUUAUCCAUGGCCCGACGGACUCUGUGUACUUGCGAAUGUGGGAGAGAAACAGGUGUAACUUCCGUGACUACCAGAACAUCGCCGUCAAUGGUGCGAGAUCAGGUGCAAUGGCUGAUACCAUUGAAAAAAGCCUGUAUCGUAACAAAACUGGAGACUACCCACUGAUUGUCUAUUACGCGCUGGUCGGAAAUGAUGUCUGUAAUGGGCACCCGGACACUAUUAACCAUAUGACCAAACCAGAUGAGAUGAAGGAGAAUGCAUUGAAGACUUUGGCAUUUUUGGACAGCAUGUUGCCGAUGGGAAGUUACGUGUUUCUGACAGGUCUGGCAGACGGUCGUGUCUUGUACAAUAGUCUCAAGGACAGGAUCCACCCUAUUGGUGCAUUAAGGAAUGAUGUCACAUACGCUCACUUUUAUGACUAUUUUAACUGUCUAGAGAUCUCCCCCUGCACCGGGUGGAUGAAUACCAACCAGACACUCCGCGACCUUACCACUCAGAGAGCAAAUGAAUUGAGUGCCGUUCUGGAGAAGAUAGCGAACACAAGUGCAGGAAACUACAAGAACUUCAAACUCUGGUACAAUGAAAACCCGAUCAACAAAGUUAUUGAUGAGUGGACGGCCCAGGGCAAGCAGGCCUGGGAACUCCUUGAGCCUGUGGAUGGCUUCCACUCCAAUCAGCUGGGUAAUGUGCAAGUGGCUCGUGCAAUAUGGCAGGAGAUGGAACAACAAUGGCCGGAGGUCCUCGGCAAGGUCAACCCGAAUAACGACAAGAUAAGGGCCAUAUUUGGGGACCAGGGUGGAUACAGAUGAUGCGAGAGAUACAGGAAGAUUACCUCGAUAUGAAUCUGACAUGAUGCUCAACCUCCCUGAUAUUAAUAUUCAUAACUGUUCAACCAAUGGAGAGAUUUUAUAGUCACAUGAUUACUGUGAAUAAACAAAAGCAUUUGGACUUGGAUUAAAUAUAUUCCAUUGUGAAACAAAGUAAUAAAUUAUCGAGGGCGGUCGUAAUCCGAUUUAUUUAAGCAUCACAUGAUUUAUGGGAAUGCUAUUAUUUAUGGUAUUCAUCAUUAUAUUAUGCAAACAGUUCUUUUGAAUGCUUAUAAAAUUACCUCAAUAUGGAAUUAUGGGAAUGUGAAUACUUGAUUAAUUAAUCGUGCUAAUAUUCCAUUAUAAUAUUGAUAAUUGCAUUGAAGGCUAAUAUUUGUUGUAUUCAACAUGUAUGUAAUUAUUAUGUACCUGAUUUUCACCUUAUAACUAUUAAAUUUUGUACUCACAUCGGCAUGUACCAUUCACAAGUGAUGAAACCCGGGUAUACAAUGCUAGUCAAUUUUUUGUGAUAUAUAUUCAAAUACAAUAAUAUGUGCAAGAUAUGUAGUAACCAUAGUAACAUAACUGUGAUUAUAUGCUGUUGAUCUUUAUUUGUAUCUGUAUAUUUCUGUAUAAUUGCAUAUAUAUAUUAAUAAAAAUUUAAAUAUUA